CUGACCAAUCCCCUUUAAGUUGCUUUUUUUUUUUUUUAAAAUCCUGUAUGACAUCAAAAGCUCUUUAUUCAUACAUAUAAAAAUUUAGUUCCCACAACUAGUAAACAUAUCUUCCCUUUUCCCUCAGACUCAUCUUCCAUACCAUCCAAAAGUUCAAAAACUCCAUCACUUCUCCAUAAUUCAUUAAGCAAAUACAUAGUUUUUUCAAGCAAAUAUGAAAAUCACAAUAAUGGAAGGUGGGGAAGUGAGUGAAUUAGGUGGUCCAGAAGAUCAAUUAGGUGAAGAAAAAUUAAAUUACUAUGGCUAUGGUUUUAUAUUUUCUCUUGGAAUCCUUAUAAUCCUCAUAGUCAUAACCUAUGCUUCUUACUUAUGCAUCCGAAUGCGAUCUCGAAAUAAUCCAACCACCACAACCACAACAACAACUGAAAGUGGACUGAUUUUUAUUCAACAAGGUCUUGAUGAAGCCACUUUGAGGGGCUAUCCAAAGUUACUAUAUGCACAAGUUAAGGCUCACAGAGGGGAGUAUGCAUCUUCUUCUGGAUGUACUAUUUGCUUGGCUGAUUAUAAAGACAAUGAUAUGCUUAGGCUAUUGCCUCAUUGUGGCCAUCUUUUUCAUCUCAUGUGUAUUGACACUUGGCUUAGGCUUCAUCCCACUUGCCCUAUUUGUAGAAAUUCUCCACUCCCAUCUCCUUCGGUUGAGGAAAAUUUGAGUCCAUUGCUCCUCAUCAGCAAAUUCAAGAAGAUAGGGGUCUCUUUUCAUUUAUGUUCUUUUUUAUAUCACGACUCACCUCCAGAAGAGGUAGAAUAA